UCUUCCCUACCUUUGUCAAUAUCUGUCUCUUCCUCCUCCCCUCUCUCUCUUUUCUUCUCUCCCUCCUCCCCUCUCGUGGAGCGACUUGUUUUGUGUCCUCAGUCAGUGGCUCCCUGAUCUGGCUCAAGGAUACUCCUCUCUUUAUCUCUCUACUUCACUGCCUCCCUCGCUCUCUGGACUGGCUGGCAUACCUCAUGGCAGACUCUCCCCUCAACAACUCCUGGCCCUUGUUCUCCAAGCUCUGGAUGAAACGCUGGUCCUUCAAGAGAGCCUCAGAGGGUAAACCAUGCACCAAGCCCUGUGCCCCGCACCCUAACACUGUUUCUGGGCCAGGCUCCACCUUCCUGUUGCCAACCUCCGUCUCUGAGGACAGUUUCUUCAGCAGCACCAAUGAGGACAAGGACUCCUGCUCAGAGGAGAGUGAUUACGACAGCCCAGGGUGUCCAGCAGACCACAGCCUCCUAGAAGACCUCCUCUGCCUCAACUCUUUCAGAGAUUCUGAGUUCUACAGAGACCUGGAGGGAGGAGCUUUGCCCCAGCCCAGCCCCUUUGAACCCUGCCCCCCCUUUGGCCCGGCCCGCUCCCAGACAGACAGACAGCUCCUGCCUCACCCUUGCCCACAGAGUCCUGAGAUAAGAUAUCCUCCUGUGUCUGUGGUGACCAAGUUCAGCCCCAGAUCAUUUCAGUCCGGCAGCGUCAUGAAUACCACAAAGGACCCAGUGGUGAUGGUCAGCACUACGGUGUAUUUGCAUGGACCAGAGACCCCAGAGAGACCAGUGAGACCAGAGAAGCCAGAGAGACCAGUGAGACCGGUGAGACUCGAGAAGCCAAAGAAAUCAGAUAGACUACUGAUAUCAGAGACCCCAGUGAACCCGGAUGGUCCAGUGAGACCAGAUGGACCAGUGAGACCAGAUGGACCAGUAAGAUCAGAGAGAUCAGAAGAGGAGGGGGAAGUGGUGUCAGACCCAGAGAGCUUCCCCUUCCUGGUGCGCUCCAUGUCCACCUCCCGCAGGCACAGCCUGGGGGUCCCUCUGUCUCCCGUGGACCUGGGCCGGAGGUUGAGUCUGGAUGCAGCUAUGGACAGUGACGGGGGGGGAGAGGAUCCCAUCCAGCAGGCCUUGCUGUUCCCAGCAUGCACUGGGACAUGUCUGAAGGAACAGCCAGAUGUACCGUGUCUGAGGAACGAUGCAGAGAUGGUGUGUAGAAGGAUGCUGUACUCACGCUCGGAGAUCCUGGCCACGGAGGAGCGCUCCCAUGUGGCACGUGUUUCUUACGUUGUGGAGACGUCCAAGCAGGCCGCCAGAGCAGCCGGAGAGGAACUGGACCCAGAGGACAACCUUCACUCUGCAGAGGGACAGAGUCACAUAGCCAAACACAGGAAUACCAGAUCAGAAAACAAAGAUGCAGGAAAUGUCACCUGGUAUGAAUUCCUCUCCAAUGAUGGUCCACCUACUAUGUCUUCUGGUGGACAUGAAGAGGAGGAUGAGCGCAUGGAGAGGGUGGAGAAGGGGACCAAGGUGAAGCGUACUCUGAGCUCUCUGAGGAGCAGAGUCACUGGCUCCUUCAACAAAGACAAGGGUAAGAAUCGAGAGAAAGAGCAACAGAGGGAUAAGGAAAGAGAGAGGGAGAGAGAGAGGGAACCCAAAGAGAAAGGUUCUGUCCGUAGCAGCAGUGCUGGGCAUCAUCUUGUGCCUGGCUCCUUCUCCAGCUGUGCCAGCUGCUCUCUGUGCAGCAAGACCCUGCAGAGGAAGCAUGGCCUGCAGUGCAUGAACUGUGCUGUGAACGUCCAUAAGAGCUGCAGGACCCUGCUGGCAGAGUGCAGUAAUAGCAGGAGCAAGAAAGAUUUUCUUCAUAGGACCCCAUCCUCAGCUUCAUCUAACUUAGCCCUAAGGGACCGGCACCAGCGGCCCCCGCCCAGCCUCGCCGCCCCUCCCCAGGAGCCUGAUGGCUGGCAGUGUGCCCCAGGCAUGACCCUCACGCCGCCAGCUCCCAGCGCUCAUUCUGCCAGUCUCACCAACUCCAGCAGCGACGCUCAGGCCUUCCCCGGCCUCAGCUUCAGGCCCAGCUACACCCACAGCUCAGGAUCCCUGCCAGGGGAUAUGGACGAGACUGACGCCUUCCGCCUCAAACGCAGCGACGACGCCGUCUCCCUCGCCCCCUCCACCACAGACUCCACCAUCGUAGAGGAUGCGUACUUCUCGGCCGUGCGUGCAGACCUGGAGACUGAUGCUCAGGACCUGGGGGAGGAGUCAUGGAGCCAGGCGGUGGACCAGACCUUUGUUAAGAAGCAUUCCAAGGAGAUGGUGAAGAGACAGGAUGUCAUCUAUGAGCUGAUGCAGACGGAGAUGCAUCACGUGCGGACCCUGAAGAUCAUGCAGUGUGUGUAUGUGAGGGAGUUAAGGGACAGUCUGCAGAUGGAGGAGCGCCGGCUGGACUGUCUGUUCCCCCGCCUGGAGAACCUUCUAGAACUCCACACACACUUCCUGUCCCGCCUCAGAGAACGCCGGCGGAACUCCUUGGAGCCUGGCAGCGACAGGAACUACUGCAUCCAGAGGCUGGCUGACGUCCUGGUCUCACAGUUCUCGGGUGAGGUCGGGAUCCGGAUGAAGGAGAGCUAUGGAGACUUCUGCAGCCACCACACUGAGGCGGUCAGCUACUACAAAGAACAGCUGCAGAACAACAAGAAGUUCCAGACCCUUGUGCGGAAAAUCAACAACUUGUCUAUUGUACGGAGGUUAGGGGUGACUGAGUGCAUUCUGCUAGUCACCCAGCGCAUCACCAAGUACCCUGUCCUGGUGGAACGCAUCCUGCACAACACUGAGGUGGGUACGGAGGAGCAUGAGGAGCUGGCGCGGGCGCUGGCUAUGAUCAAGGGCGUCAUCGUCCAGGUGGAUGCGCUGGUCAGCCUCCAUGAGAAGGCCAUGCGCCUCCGUGACAUAGCCAACAAGAUGGAGCCCAAGUCCCUGGGCAAGAUCAAAGAUGGCCGUGUGUUCAGGAGGGAAGACCUGCUGGCUCAGGGACGUCGCAAACUUCUGCAUGAGGGCACCGUCACCUGGAAGGCUGCCUCCGGCAGACUCAAAGACAUGGUGGCUGUGCUGCUGUCAGAUGUUCUGCUGCUGCUGCAGGACAAGGACCAGAGAUACGUCUUCUCGACUGUGGACAACAAGCCGUCGGUAAUCUCGCUGCAGAAGCUAAUUGUCAGGGAGGUGGCCCACGAGGAGAAGGCCAUGUUCCUCAUCUGCGCCUCGUCCAAUGAGCCAGAGAUGUAUGAGAUCCACACCUUCUCCAAGGAGGAGCGGAACGCCUGGAUGACCCACAUCCGGCAGGCUGUGGAGAGCUGCCCCCCUUCAGAGGAGAGACUCUUUAGCGAGGAAGAGGAGGCCAGAGCUGCCAGGUUCAAAGACUUCCAAGAGCGUCUCAGCCAGAAAGACCUCGAGAUAACACAGGGCCUGAGGGAGAAGCUGCAGCUGUUUGCAGACAUGGUGGAGUGUGUGUCGUCUCUGGAGGACCCGGGGUCUCGGUCCCGGCUGCUGCUCCGAGGAGACGCUUCCGACCUCCAUCAGGGGGAGCAGCUUCUGCAGGGCGCCAUCCAUGAAGUGGAGAUGCUACAGAAGCUGCUGCUGUCAGGGGGGAGGGAGGCAGCCGUGUGGCCCAGUGAGGGCCCAGGUUCCGGGGCUCUGCCCAGGAGAGCAGACACCUUUGGAGGUUACGACAGCAUGCCUGCCCUCCUCAGCAAGAACGGAAGUGUGAAGAAGAACUGUUCAGGAGAGGUGCGGUGCAGAGAGCGGAGCCAGAGGGCCAGCUCUGACCCACAGCUGAAGGAUGUCUGUCCUGACCAGACCCUGGAGAAGACGGAUGAUGAGCCAUCCUCUUCACCUCCCAGCUGGAGCCCCAUCUGGUUCAGUAGCUUCCCCGAGGCAGAGUUCUUUGACAGAGUGCGGACGCUAUCUCAGAAACUCUAUAGUCUGCAGGCCAUUGUCUGUCAGCAGGACAGCCACAUUGAGCUACAGCGCGCCUCCCUCACUGAGCGGGCCUCUUUUCCGGGCCGUCACCGUGGCAAUGUGCUGCUAGAGCAGGAGAAAGCUCGGGCACUGGCGCUGCAGAAAGAGGAGCUGGCCAGCUUCCACAAGCUGCAGGCCCAGCAGCGCCAGGAGCAGGCUCGCUGGCAAAGAGAGAGAGAGAGGCACCGGCUGCAGGCCGACACUGCAGAGACACGCCUCCGGCAGAGACAGGACGAGUGCCGCAGGAUGGAGGAGCAACUGGCUGAGGAGAGAGAGGAGCUGGAGAGACAGAGAGAGACCUACCAGCAGGAUCUGGAGAGGCUGAGGGAGUCUACCCGGGCGGUGGAGAGAGAGAAGGAGAAGCUGGAGCAUCAGAGGAAGAUCAAGAGGAAGACUAUCGAGGUGGCGCCUCUCUCUGGCAGCCUGAACGGUGACCUCCUGCUGGGACUGGGGGCCAGUCCUGGUGGGGGGGUGCUGGUGUCUGAUCUGCCCCUCCCCCAGAAGCCCCACAUCCAGCGUUCCAGCCUAUCAGUGUCCCCGGCCGACUACCCCGAGGCGCUGCGGCGCGAGAGCACCCCCCUGGCAGUGAAGACGGAGGUGCCGCUGCACCUGGUCAGCACCACCAACCAGCAUCACAAACAGCUGGGCGUGCAACAGCAGAUCCCCACCAAGCUGGCCCUCAUCCGGGGGAAGGACAAGCCCAGCAAGGGCAAGGCCUCACACCGCACAGAUAGCACUGCCUCAUUGGAUAUGAAGCAGAUUCUGCCCCUGAAGCUGUCCUCCAGAGAAGACUCUCUUCACCAGAGAACCCGGCGCUCAGUCAGUCCCAGCCAGCAGCUCCCCCUCGCCCACUCCUUCCACAUGGAUCUUGUCAGUCCUCCAGACAUUGGACCAGAUCCCCAGCCCCCCGACUCCUGCCAGCCUGCCAGCCUCCUUAAACCCCCUAUGCAGCUCACCCCCCAGCCCCCCUCCCUGAGCACCAGCCUGCCCUCCCCCUACAAGAUCACAGAGGACCUGGGCAAGGAGGACGUCAUAUUCUUCUGAAGACCCAAUAAGGAGCCGGAACACUGGCCACAUUCAUGAUUUUCCUCCAAAUGAUGUCAUUUUAUGUCCUUUAAAGACUUGGUCUCAGAAGAAUCAAUUUUUACCUGGGAAACCAAAAAAGUUCAAUGAAGUUUCUUCUUUUGUUUUAAUUGAAGUGAAGUAGUUUAUAUGGAUAUAUGAGCGACAACUGAACGGUUAACCAUGGAAGGUUGCUGUCUCAUCACUCGUGAAGUGAAAAUCCCUCACCACCCAAAGACUUAAAUCCUUGAGAGGAGUUAAUAUGGGACCUGGUCAUUCAUGACCAUCGUCAUGUGAAUAAGGACCAAUAGGGUUAGGGGAGUUUCACUGCUGGAACUUUGAGACUGCAGAACGUGAAAGAAUAACUACAGGAAGUUAUUAGCUCAGGACUUCCUGACAGCGUGUGUGUGUGUGUGAGAUGCAGUCUACACACUCCCUUACAGGCAAACUUGCAUACUCAAAUUGAUGUUUUUCGGGGGGAGUUGACUUGUAGAUAACUUCUCUGUGAUGGAUAAUUUAAUUGUAUGGUUUUAUGUGUUCUUAAUAAUGUAAUUAUUACACAAGACACUGAAGUGAUGCAAUUAUCCACUGUCUGUUCCAGAUACAAGAAGAUUUUAUCACAUAUUUUUUGUUUGUUUUUUACCAAAUCUCAACUUAUAUUCACACCAACAUUUGAUUGAGAAAUCCACGUGGUUAUGUGUGGUAUUGACCACCAUUUCCUCAAAAACUUUUAUUUUCAAUAGAGAAUAUUUGACCUGAAGUUACACAUGGAAGUGUGAGAAGAGACCUGAGGAAUCCAGUAUGUUACAAAAAGAAAACAAACAUUUAUUAGUGACACCAUGUGACAUAAGUGAUUGGCGAGCCCAGAACACACAUCCUCCAGGGGCAGCCUGCCCUUCCUCCAGGGGCAGCCUGCCCUUCCUCCAGGGGCAGCCUGCCCUUCCUCCAGGGGCAGCCUGCCCUUCCUCCAGGGGCAGCCUGCCCUUCCUCCAGGGGCAGCCUGCCCUUCCUCCAGGGGCAGCCAUGAACAGUGAUGAGCCACAUAAAGGCGACCGGGGUUGUUUAAAUUUGAUUAAUUGUGUGUCUGACGGGAUUUCAGUUUGUGACUCAAAGCUUUGACUGAUCCUCAGUAAUGUCAGGUGUUGUGUGUCAGCCCCUGGCAUGUUGUUAGUAUGUCUUAAUCGUGACAUAUUGGCCCAUAGCAUGUCCUUAGCAUUUCUUAAUGGCGAGGUGUUGGCACAUGGUUUGGGUGGGUUAGGCUUAACCCUAAGUGUGUUGUUAGCAUGUCUUAAUGCUAAGGAUUUGUCUCCUUGCUGAACAGACAGCUGUCAGGAACGAAAGAUAUCUGUACGUGUCUUACAGAGCCGUGCCCUCAUAAAGUUAAAGAUAUGUAAAUAAUGCUUGUAUAGGUACACACGCCUUCGGGUUUCUGCCUGUCAAAGGCCUGUUCCUUUCCACAUUUUGGAUUUUUGUCCAAAUAUACAUUUGGUAUGUGAGCUUUUAUCACUAGUUGGUGUGUGAGAACACAUUUCUUGUUGACAAUGUUUAUGUAUAUAUUGUAUGUAUGUGAUGUCAUCAGUAUGCGCCAACAGUUGCACACGUAUGUAAGUACAAUGGAUCCGAUUUAUAUAGUCUACAUGAAGACAAUGUAAGUCAGACAAUACAGAAUGUGUGCCUAGUCUAUAUGUCCAUACACAUUUAGAUUAGAAUGAUUUCAGAUUUUAGGUACAAAAUAUUUAAUUUCUUAACCUGUGUUUUUGUAAAUCAUCAUGAUGAUGGCAAGGUGCAGUUUUAUUUUGGAACCUGUGCUCUUAUGAUUCUUCUGUGUGUGUGUGUGUGUGUGUGUCAUCAGCAGUAUGUAGCAGCACUUACUCCUCCAGCUUGUUUGUUUUAUCUGGGUUAGGUUUAUCAACCAAAGAGGCAAUUGGAGUACAUUAGUGAUAAUGUCAAUACAUUCAUUUCAGUUUUAUAUAUGAGGAGGCUGAUGGUACAAAUUGUCUUAAAUAUCCUUGUAUUCUACUGAAAUGCUGUCUUUGUUAAUGUCUUGCUCAAACAUGGGAGGAGUGUGUUUGUGCGUUUGCAGAAGAUUGCAUGUUUCAAGCUGAAGGUUGUUUGUUACUGUUGUGUUAAUGUGUAGUUGUAUGACCAUACUCUUUCACUCUGUCAUCUGUGAAGAAGCAACAUAAUUUUGUGUUUACAUUGCCAAUUCCACUUGUCACUUUGGAUAGAGAAGUAUACUUGAAGGGGAAUAUGCAUGUUUCACACUGCGAAAACUGUUGUCUGUCUUAUAUCCAGCUUUCUAAUUAAGUUAAUAGCAGAGCCAAGAUGAUUUUGUACCAUUGUGUUUUAUUCACCACCAGAACCAGGAACCUGUGGACAUUUGCUGCCUUAGAUACAUCUGAUCUUUAGUAAUGAAAUGUCUUAAUUAAAUAAAAUGUCAUCAAAUGUUUUCUUUGUAA